CCAAUUAGAAGUUCACAAUCCUGGGACUUGAGGGAUCUGUUUAGCUCGCCCAUGUACUGUAUCGCUUAACGUUUCUUGUGGAAAUCUUGAGACCGGAUAACAACCAGACAGUAUAGAGAGAGUCUACAGUUGCACAUUUUGACGGGUUGGGCCCCCUAACCCACAACACCCCACCAUGCCUCUGGUUACGAGGAAUAUCGAGCCGCGGCAUGUGUGCCGCCAGACCAUCCCUUCCAACAUCCGCUGUGAGCUGGAAUGUGUUACCAACAUCAGCUUGGCCAACAUCAUCCGCCAGCUCGGCAGCCUCAGUAAAUAUGCAGAGGAUGUGUUCGGGGAGCUCUUUGUCCAGGCUGGAGCAUUUGCAAUCAGAGUAAAUACACUGGGCGAAAGAGUGGAUCGUCUGCAGGUUAAAGUUACCCAGCUGGACCCCAAAGAAGAGGAGGUCUCUCUGCAGGCCAUCACUACCCGUAAGGCCUUCCGCAGCAGUCUAACCCAGGAUCAGCAGCUGUUUACCAGGCCCUCUCUGCCAAUGCCUGUACAGGACACCUACGAGACCUGUAAUCCUCCCCCACCACUCAACUACCUCAGCCAAUUCCGGGACGAUGGGAAGGAGGCCCUGAAGUUUUACACUGAUCCCUCCUACUUCUUUGAGCUGUGGAAGGAGAAGAUGCUGCAGGACACCAAGGACAUCAUGAAAGAGAGACGCAAGCACAGAAAGGAGAAGAAAGACCAUCUGAACCAACGGACACUCAAUCCGCGAAAGAUCAAGACCAGGAAGGAUGAAUGGGAACGCCGUAAGAUGGGGGAGGAGUUUGUGGUGCCUAAGAAUGAUUUGAUGAAUUCUUCUGAGGGUCUGAAUGGCAGUAUUGGAUCUGGAGAUGGCUUCAAUUCUGAAGGCUUCGAUCAGAGUACCGGCUCCUAUGCGUAUGAACCUGGCUCCCCUCUCUCUCAACAUGGCACUGAUGACAUCCUGCCUCCUCCACCUCCAGACAUGGCGUAUAAUGACGGAGGGUAUGGAGCACCAACCCAGAAUCGUGUCAGCGUCCUCAGUCCAAACCAUCCACCUCCUGCUCCCCCCAUGACUUCUCCCCCUCCAAACUCUCGCCCCAACCUAGCCCCUCCCCCUGCACCUCCUCCCCCUCCUCCACCCUCUGGCUUUGGGAUUCCCCCACCUCCCCCUGGCUUCGACAGCCCACCUCCUCCUCCUCCUCCGCUCUCCUCCUCUACCAACGCCUAUCCCUCCCCACCUGCUCCCCCUCCACCUGCUAUUUCCACUGUUUCUCCUCCUCCUCCACCACCUAUGCCUGCAGGUGUUGGAGGUCCACCACCUCCUCCUCCUCCUCCUCCUCCCCCUGGCCCUCCUCCCUCAUCCUUUGACCACUCUGCUGCGCCCCCUCCUCCCUCUGGUGGUGGAGCACAAUCCAGCUCUGCUUCCAAAGAGGAGCCCGCCGAUGAUUCUCGCACUGACUUGCUGCAGGCCAUCCGACAAGGUUUCAACCUGCGUAAAACGGAGGCCCAGCGCGAGCAGGAGAAGAGGGAUCACUCUAACAAUGAUGUGGCCGCCAUCCUGUCCCGACGUAUCGCUGUCGAGUGCAGCGACAGCGAGGAUGACUCCUCGGAGUUUGACGAUGAUGAUUGGUCCGACUGAUCAUCAUCGCUUUUCACCUUCACUACCACCUCUGUAUCUUUCCUCAGCCUUAAACAACAUCCUUGUAUUUCCAUUCAAAUUCCAUUCUUAAGUAACAGUGAAGCAGCGGCCCAUGUUCCGUGUCUGUCAGAUUUUGAGGAUGUACAAUUGACCUGCUACAAAUCACAUUCCUUGAACCAUUUAAUUUCUAUUUAUCCAAAACGAUUCCGAUCAGAGGUGCAAAAGUCCAAAGAUUGAGAAAGAGUGUGUGUGCCUCGUUGAGUCUUUUGCCAUUGCUUUCAUUGUAUGGCACAGCGCUGUUAUUCAUGCGAGAGUGCUGUGUGACGAGAUGCACAAGUCUCUGCUGAGUCUGUGCGUAAACACAUCACCUCUGCUUUUAUCUUAGUGUCUAUUAGAAUCAUGCACACUGUGCUGUGGGCCAAAUGUCAGAUUUGAUCCGCUUUAGUAUAUUACGGCAAAGGAUAACAGAGAGGGAGUACAAAACACACGCACGCAACCUCCUCCACACACAGUAUUUGUAUGUAAACACUUUUUCUCACUCAUUGGUUAUAUGAUAUAGAUGUAAGGUUUAUAUAACAUAUUGAAUCAUAUCUACUGAAUAUAAUUAAUGCAAUCCUUUUAUAUCCCUUUUUUUAAAGCACUUAUUUUUUUCCCUUUUCUCACUUUUUUAGUCAGGCCUUCUUUCUUUCUGUGGUUGUCAUGGGAACAAUUUGCUUGUGGAUGAGACAUGGUUGUAGUUUAUAAACAAAUUCAUGAAUUAAUCAUUCAGUGUGAUAGGGAAAGCAUUGGCUCAUGGCAGACACCUGGGGUGUUUGAUGAGAUAACCAUGCUGAACAUAUGCAGACGUUCAACUCAUGAUUCACUCUGUAUUGUUUCAUCUCUCUGUCACGUAUCACUUCCUGCUGUUUUUCUUUUGGACUUUUCUGGGGAUUUACUAGGCUCUGAUGUUUUGAUCACUGUGCUCAGACAGCCUUUUACCUGAUAAGUGCCUUUUUUUAUACUGCUUUUUGGUGUCCGUGCCAGUUUAUUUUGUUUAUCCACACUGGUCACUGAUCAGCUGCUUCUAUAAAUAUUCUCAGCUGUUGUUGAGUCAAAUGUAGAACUGAUUGAUGUUUAGUGUGGACAUCAGAUGUCUCAAGUGCCUUUUUUAUUUUAAAUCUGCCUGUGUUAAAGGACAAUGACACAGCAUGCUUCGCCAAAGCUUCUCCUGCCUUACAUUUCCAAAUGAUUAUAGUUAUUUCAAUAAAGAGAGUGAAAUUGAA